UGCCCUACGUCACACUCGAGUGGAGGGAGGCAGUGUGCCCAGAGCUUAUAGAGAAAUAGCUGGAGGACAGUCAAUCCAAUAAGUGACGCCCCCCCGCAAAAAAAAGCGGAGACCUCCCCAAACUCCUAAAUCAGUGCUUCCCCUCUAUUCUACAACGCAUUGCCCAGCUUUUUACCCACGGAUGUGCAGCAAACGGCCAGCUCGAGGGAGAGCCCCACUUGUGAGUCAGCGUAAACGCCGAAAAUCAGUGACCGCGGACCCCAAGAACAAACAGACCUGUGACAUCAGGCUUAGGGUGAGGGCCGAGUACUGCCAGCAUGAGACGGCUCUGCAGAGCAACGUCUUCUCGAACAAGCAGGACCCACUUGAACGCCAGUUUGAGCGGUUCAGCCAGGCCAACACCAUCCUCAAAUCCCGAGACCUGGGUUCCAUCAUCUGUGACAUCAAAUUCUCGGAGGUCACCUAUCUGGAUGCCUUCUGGCGCUACUACAUCAAUGGUUCCCUCCUAGAGGCGCUCAAAGGCGUCUUCAUCACAGACUCGAUUAAACAGGCCGUGGGUCAUGAGACUAUCAAGCUGCUGGUAAACGUGGAUGAGAAAAACUAUGAACUGGGCCGGCAGAAACUGCGAAGAAACUGGACGCUACAGGGAUCAGUGAGAAGGGAGGAAGCAUGGAGACAGACUGAGAACCUCUUGCACACAAGUACUUGUGUGUACAAGAUUGGGGGAAGGGUUGCUUACAGCAUUAGGGAUGUAUAUGGCAUUUUUCCUUUUGUGUUUAAAUGUAAAUAAAUGUAU